CAGGUUAUCACAUUGUUCGGGGAGAGAUUACAUUUCGAUUACAUUUAAGUAGCCCCACAUCGCAUCACGCACUGCUGUUGCUCCACACGCAAGUGUGAGGCAGCAGCGGGCGGACUCGGAAAGUGGAGUUAGUGUCAGUGAGCUGCUGCAGAGGAAGAUUCCACCACCCCACCCUCGUGAAUGUAACUCCUUCCUAUAAAACGCGGACGCCAGUUGGAUGGUGAUCUAAAGGCAACGACGGUGUUUCAGACAGAACUAGCACAGGGGGUUAAAGUGCCCUCUCUGGUGCAAUUCACAGUAAACUCUUCACAAGGUUCGCCCGCUGCCAUGUGACGGUAGGACGAAAGCCCCCGCCCCCGUCACUCUCUCUCUCUCUCUCUGUGCAUAUAUAUAUAGUAUAUAUAUAUAUAUAUAUAGUAUAUAUAAGUUAGGUGACAGAAACCCCGGAGAAGCCGAGUCUGCGCUCACGGUGAAUUAGCGCCGGCUUUCUUGAGAGUUUUGCUUUGCCGGGGGAUCAGUAUUCCUUACUGUCUCGGUCCGAACCAAGUGACUGAGCUUCGAUGAUUAUAGUGCGGGAGCCGCUGUCCUGUCUGGACUUUCUCGGAUACUGUAAAGAAUCUACUUAAAUGCAUCUGAAACACACCGUGCUCCUCCCCUGUUAAAGCAUCUUCAUUAUUUCAGGGGAUAACCCUGUUUUUUUUUCGUCUCUCCGAUAGACAGAGGAAUUGCUGCGCUAUUUCAGGAACCAGGACGGUGAGGGAAUGAUCGCCAAUGAAACGUACACUUCUGACCGCGGGCUGUCGGCUAGCCCCAGCCCGCAGUGGAUGCUGGCGGUCACUUUGUUUGCCCUGCUCGGGCUGCACGCCUGGAAGUGGCUGCAACACAGCGACCCCAAGGGUCCGCCCGGCCCUUUCCCCUGGCCCCUGGUCGGCAACGCGGUUCAGAUCGGCCAGGCGCCCCACCUCAGCUUCUGCAGAAUGGCCGAGAAGUACGGCAGCGUGUUCCGCCUGAAGCUGGGCAGCCGCACUGUGGUGGUGCUGAACGGCGAGGAGUCGAUCCGCCAGGCGCUGGUGAGACAAGGCGCCGAUUUCUCGGGCAGACCGGACUUCAGCUCGUUCGCUGUGGUGUCCGGGGGCCGAAGCCUGGCUUUCCGCAGCCACGGCGACUUGUGGCGGCUUCACCGUAAGGUCGCUCACUCCACGGUGAGGGCUUUCUCCACCAGCAACCUGGAGACCAAGAAAGCAUUUGAGCAACAUGUGGUGUGCGAGAUGCAGCAGCUGAUCAGUGUGUUCACGGAGAGGGGCCGCCUCAGCCAUUACUUUGACCCGUGGCCCAACCUGGUGCUGACCGUGGCCAAUGUGAUGAGUGCUGUGUGCUUCGGCAAGAGGUACCGUCACGAUGACCAGGAGUUCACCUCGUUACUCUCCAAGAACGACCGCUUCGGCCAGACAGUGGGAGCCGGCAGCCUGGUCGACAUCAUGCCCUGGCUCCAGUACUUCCCCAACCCGGUACGCAGCGUCUACCAGGACUUCCAGCAGCUCAACCGGGACUUCUACCUGUUUGUCCAUGACAAGGCUCGGCAACACCGCCUGGAUUUCCGCCCAGGCCGGAUCCGGGAUAUGACGGACGCCUUCAUCCACAGCAUCGAGCACGGCCGUGUGGCCAGCGACACCGGCCUGAUCCUCAGCCCCGACUACGUGGAUUCAACCGUCACGGAUAUCUUCGGGGCCAGCCAGGACACGCUAUCCACCGCCCUGCACUGGGUCACCCUAUACCUGGUAUGGCAGCCCCAGCUCCAGGCCAAGAUCCACGAGGAGCUGGACCGUGUGGUGGGCAGGCAGCGUAUACCCAGCAUCGAGGACCAGCCCCGCAUGCCCUACCUGAUGGCGUUUUUGUACGAGACCCUGCGCUUCAGCAGCUUCGUGUCUCUCACCAUCCCGCACGCCACCACCCGACCAACGCUGCUCUCGGGUUACCGUAUCGACAAGGGCACCGUGGUCUUCAUCAACCAGUGGUCAGUCAACCACGACCCACACAAGUGGCAUCGGCCCGACGUCUUUGACCCUUGCAGGUUCCUCACCGAGGCGGGCACCUUCAACAAGGACCUGGCCAGCCAGGUGAUGAUCUUCUCGCUGGGCAGGAGGAGGUGCAUCGGGGACGAGCUGGCCAAAAUGCAGCUCUUCCUCAGCACCUCCCUCCUGAUGCACCAGUGCGCCCUCAGCGCCAACCCCAAAGAGGAGCUCACUCUGGACUUCACCUACGGCUUGUCCUUAAAACCCAAACCUUUCACCAUCGGCGUGACUCUGCGUGACACAAUAGAGCCUUUGAAUGAGGCAGUGCGGAGAAUCCAACGGGCCGACAGCAAUCAAUAACGUGCGAUAUGAUCGGGUUCUUGCCGGUUCAGAGCUGGAAUACUAUAGGGUUACAUUUCACGUGGUUGCGCUGGUCGAAAGUUUCUGCUGUUGUCUUUAACCCGCUCGAGU